CAGAAGUCGCACCAUCCGCUCACAUGCUGCUCCACUAACCGCCGACGUUGCCUCCCUCGCCGGGAAGUCUUCUUCUUUCGGCAUCGUCCAAACCGCAGCCUCUCCCUGCUCCUUGAGCCAGUUCCUGGUCCCGGUCAACUCCGUCGCCUCCCCGGCGAUUGUCGUGAUUGAUACGCCGAUGCGUAAUCGAGGUUUUGGACUUGGGAUCCUCAAUCUUAUCCCUCUCCCCCCUUCCUGCAGCUCGAUGCGAUGGGGGAGUGAGAUAUCGAUACGACUGGAGACCCGAUCCAGUCAAUUGGAGGCAUUCUCUUUGUGCGGUAAUUCCAGAAACUAAGAAAUUCUAGACGUGCGGCACAUAUUUCCCUUCCGAUGGCAGAAUGUCACCACCCAGAAGGUAAUUUCGUCAACGGUGGAGCUCCAAAACUAGAAAAUAUCCACAAAGUUUCUCUUGUCCCUCUUGUGUUUCUUAUUUUCUAUGAGGUAUCUGGUGGCCCCUUUGGGAUAGAAGAUAGUGUUCAGGCUGCCGGACCGCUUUUGGCUAUACUUGGUUUUCUCUUCUUUCCCUUCAUAUGGAGCAUUCCUGAAGCACUGAUCACUGCCGAGAUGGGCACCAUGUUCCCGGAAAACGGAGGUUAUGUGGUGUGGGUUUCCUCGGCUUUGGGCCCGUUUUGGGGGUUUCAGCAAGGUUGGAUGAAAUGGCUUAGUGGAGUCAUAGACAACGCCCUAUAUCCGGUCCUCUUCUUGGACUAUUUGAAGUCCAGUGUUCCAGCUCUGGAAGGUGGACUUCCGAGAACAUCGGCAGUGUUGAUCUUAACAAUUGCACUGACUUAUCUGAACUAUAGAGGAUUAAACAUUGUUGGGUGGAUGGCUGUGUUCCUUGGGGUCUUCUCGAUUGCUCCAUUCAUCUUAAUGGGUGUAGUCGCGAUUCCAAAGCUCAGACCUGCGAGAUGGCUAGCGGUUAAUUGGCACGGUGUCGACUGGAAUUUGUACUUGAACACACUCUUUUGGAACCUUAACUAUUGGGAUUCAGUCAGCACUCUGGCAGGAGAGGUGGAUAAUCCAAAGAAAACUCUGCCGAAGGCUCUUUUUUAUGCACUGAUUCUAGUGGUCGUCGGUUACUUAUAUCCCCUCCUAGCAGCGACCGGAGCCAUCCCCCUCGACAGGGAGUUGUGGACGGAUGGUUAUUUCUCUGAUGCGGCUAAAAUUCUCGCUGGGGUCUGGUUAAGAUGGUGGGUGCAAGGGGCUUCGGCUUUAUCAAACAUGGGCAUGUUUGUUGCUGAAAUGAGCAGUGACUCCUAUCAACUUCUGGGAAUGGCAGAGAGGGGCAUGCUCCCUGAGUUCUUCAGUAAGCGAUCCCGCUAUGGAACGCCUCUCAUGGGGAUACUUUUUUCUGCCUCUGGUGUGCUCCUGUUGUCAUGGAUGACUUUUCAAGAGAUAGUAGCCGCCGAGAACUUCCUCUACUGUUUCGGAAUGAUAUUAGAGUUUGUGGCAUUCAUAAAACUGAGACUGAGCUGCCCGAAUGCUCCUCGGCCGUACAAAAUUCCUCUAGGAACUGCCGGUUGCAUUCUGAUGGUCAUCCCUCCUACAAUAUUGAUAUGCGUCGUUCUAGCUCUCGCGACGUUUAAAGUUAUGACCGUGAGCAUUUUGACGAUGCUUGUUGGGUUCGUCUUACAGCCUUGUUUGAAACAAGCAGAAAAUAGAAGUCUCUUGAAGUUCUCGACGAACUCAGAUCUGCCUGAAUUUGAAGAAACAGAGCAUGAUGUUAGUACCGUAGAGUCUUUGAUAGGUUAGAGGCCAGAAUGCCACCAAAUUUACUCAACUUCCCUGUGCCUAUGUAAACGGACAUGUAGGAUUAUGGAAUCCUUAUAUAUAUAUAAACUUGUUAUCAUGCAUAA